CCAGCUGGGAUAUAAGCGAGUCACUCAGGCACCGGGAGCUGCCGCGACAGCUGGGGGGUGGCGUGGGACAUCGCGCCGUGACCUGAGCCGUGCCCUGAGCCUCCACGCCGCACCCAUGGCGACGCCUUCGCAGAAAAGGAGCACCCGCAGCGGGGCUUCGGGGACCCCCUUGUCCCCCACGCGCAUCACCCGCCUGCAGGAGAAGGAGGACCUGCAGGAGCUCAAUGACCGCUUGGCCGUCUACAUCGACAAGGUGCGCUCGCUGGAGCUGGAGAACGCCGGCCUGAGGCUGCGCAUCACCGAGUCCGAGGAGGUGGUGAGCCGCGAGGUCUCGGGCAUCAAGGCUGCCUACGAGUCGGAGCUGGCGGAUGCCCGCAAGACCUUGGAUUCGGUGGCCAAGGAGAGAGCGCGGCUGCAGCUGGAGCUCAGCAAAGUCCGGGAGGAGCACAAGGAGCUGAAAGCGCGGAAUGCCAAGAAGGAAGGGGACCUGCUGACUGCCCAGGCACGCCUUAAGGAUGUGGAGGCUUUGCUUAAUUCCAAGGAGGCUGCUCUCUCCACAGCCCUGGGUGAGAAGAGGAAUCUGGAAACUGAAGUGCGGGACCUGAGGGGACAGGUGGCCAAGCUGGAAAGUGCCUUGAGCGAAGCCAAGAAGCAGCUGCAGGACGAGAUGCUGCGGCGCGUGGACGCCGAGAACCGGCUGCAGACGCUGAAGGAGGAGCUGGAGUUCCAGAAGAACAUCUACAGCGAGGAGCUGCGCGAGACCAAGCGGCGCCACGAGACGCGGCUGGUGGAGAUCGACAACGGGCGGCAGCGCGAGUUCGAGAGCAAGCUGUCGGAGGCGCUGCAGGAGCUGCGCAGCCAGCACGAGGCCCAGAUCCGCCUCUACAAGGACGAGCUGGAGAAAACCUAUGGGGCCAAGCUGGAGAACGCCAAGCAGUCAGCGGAGAGGAACAGCAACAUGGUGGGGGCUGCCCACGAGGAGCUGCAGCAGACCCGCAUCCGCAUCGACAACCUCUCCUCAGAAGUCAGCCAGCUGCAGAAGCAGCUGGCAGCCAAGGAAGCGAAGCUGCACGACCUGGAGGACAUUCUGGCCCGGGAGCGCGAGAGCAACCGGCGCCUGCUGUCCGACAAGGAGCGGGAGAUGGCCGAGAUGAGGGCACGCAUGCAGCAGCAGCUGGAUGAGUACCAGGAGCUGCUGGACAUCAAGCUGGCCCUGGACAUGGAGAUCAACGCCUACCGCAAGCUGCUGGAGGGCGAGGAGGAGCGGCUGAGGCUGUCCCCCAGCCCUUCAUCCCACAAAGGUGCAUCCCGAAGCCACAUGUCCACCCCAGGCUCCUCCAAGAAGCGGAAGCUGGAGGACAGUGAGAGCAGGACCAGCUUCUCCCACCACGCCCGGACCAGUGGCCGUGUCGGUGUGGAGGAGGUGGACUUGGAGGGCAAGUUUGUCCGUCUCAGGAACAAGUCCAACGAGGACCAGGCAAUGGGGAACUGGCAGAUCAAGCGGCAGAACGGGGACGACCCUCCCCUCACCUACCGCUUCCCCCCAAAGUUCACCCUCAAGGCUGGCCAGGUGGUCACGAUCUGGGCCUCAGGAGCUGGAGCAACCCACAGCCCCCCCAGUAACUUGGUGUGGAAAGCCCAGAGCAGCUGGGGCUCGGGGGACAGCCUGCGCACCGCCCUCAUCAACUCCAACGGGGAGGAGGUGGCCAUGAGGAAACUGGUCCGCACCGUGAUCAUCAACGACGACGAGGAUGAGGAGGAUGAUGAAAUGAGCAUCCACCACCGCCAUCACCAUGGCUGCAGCGGCUCCGGGGACCCCGGCGAGUACAACCUGCGCUCGCGCACCGUGGUGUGCGGCACCUGCGGCCAGCCGGCCGACAAGGGCGGCUCGCAGGGCGCCGGCGCCGCCACCCUGUCCUCGGGCUCGUCCAGCUCCAGCGUCACCGUCACCCGCAGCUACCGCAGCAUGGGCGACUCGGGCAUCGGCCUGGGCGACAGCCUGGUGUCCAGGAGCUACGUGCUGGGGAGCUCCGGCCCGCGCCGGCAGGCUCAGGCUGUGCAGAACUGCAGCAUCAUGUAAUUCCAUGGCACAUUCCUGUGGUUCCUGCCUGUCUCCAGCUAGGUUUUUUUUUUCUUCCCAAAGCAACAGAAACUUUUUUUUCGUCCCUUAAAAAAAACAAGAUAUUAAAAAAACCAAGGUUGAUUUUUUUUGUUUUCUAUAGCAGGAAUUUUAUAUAUAUACAUAUAUAUAUAUAUAUAUUAAAAGUGCUAAAAGAUGCUUUGAUUUUUUUUUUGUAAAGAAAAAAAUCUAUUUCUAUAUAAAAAAAAACAAACUAAAAAACAGCUUUUCAGCUUCAAAUAUUUUUUAGAACUUCAGCCAAAGACAGCAAAGAACUGUGUUUACAGAGCAGCCAUGCAGGAGGAGUUUGUAGCUGAAAUGCUCCUUGGAUUGUACCUUUUUUGCCAAAGCCUUUUACAUAGGACAGGGAGAAGUGCAGCCAUGCCCACUGGAGCUGCGUGGAGGGGCUGCUUUCCUGUCUGCAGUGCCUUGACAACCCUUUUUUUGGGAUCUGAAGCCAAAAUUCCCUUUUUUCCUCUGUUUUUGUUGUUCCUGGCGGUGCUGGCACGGGGGCUCCUGGCAGCUGGUGGGUGAUGCCCAGCUCUGUGUGGCCACUGCCCCCCACAGCCCCUGCUGCCUGCACCCCAGCUGUGUACUGUAUCCCCAAUUCCCAUCCCAGGCACCUCCUGCCCCCUGGGCUCCCUUUUUCCUUAAUUAGCCAAGUUGUGCCUUGCCGAGGUGGGAACCCCACCUGGCGCGAGUGGAGGUGGAGCAGGGGAAGUGGAAACACCUCCUGGGACCAGGUGGGUUUGGCAGCUGGGCUGAUGGAGCUUGGGCCCCUCUGCAUCCAGCAGGGCUCGCCCCAGCUCCUCUAGUGAGGAUAUUUGGGCUCUUUUUGGGCUGUUUCAGGGAUGCUCAGUCCAGGUCAGAGCUGGUUUACCAGGAAAGCACCCAGGAAGGGUUUUGGGUGGAGUGAGGUGGAUUUUGGGAUGUGGUAGGUGCAGCUUCCCCCUUGGCAGGACUCCAUCAGCCACUGGCAGAUACCUUGGCUUCUUGCCUCGAUGGGGAGACACCUGCAGCCCCCCCAGACCUCAGGUGCAGCAGAGGGGGGGCUGGAGCAGGUGCCAGGACAAGCCACCCCUCCAGAGGGUUUUGUGGAGGUUGUGUAUGUACCCUGCUUGCAAAGCUUCUGUAUUACUGCCUGUGCUUCCUUCCAGAGUGCAAAUACAGCUGAACCCUUCCCAUGC